AUGACGGCAAUAAGAAAGAUGAAAGAAGUUGGGAGGAAAGCUCUGUUGACAAAACUAAGCAGUCGACUUAACGUGUACCACGAUGUAGCUUCCGCGCUGGACCCAAGAGUGGGCGAACCUACAGAUGAAGACAGCCGGCGGAAGAUUUGUGAAAAGAUCGAGAAUGUUCACGAUCGUAUCACAGGUGUAGAUGGCGACGAAACUCGUGAUGAUAACGACCAUUCGCUUUUGUCUGACGGAGAAGACUCAGAAGAGGUAACUAAACACAAAUUACCGCUGGAUUUCAAGAUUUUAAUAUUGUUAUUCUGUAAAUAUUAUCGAUAUGUUUUGUUGCAUUUUUGGAAUAACGUUACAAAUUUAUAUUGUUUUCUUAUUGUUAUUACAUAAGGUCUCAGAAAUUAAGUCCCCCACUCCGAAAAGGAAGAAGAAUCCUUGUGAUGAGAUCGAAGAACCCGAGUUUGCCUUUUAUAAGGAAAAGCAAAAGGUAUCAUCGAUUGUCGACGAAUUUCGAAGGUUUACUGGAAACGACUUCGACCUUGACCUGUACGAGGAUAAAAACAAGCACCUUGAUAUUCUGAAGUUCUGGAGGGAUCAUGCCAGGGUCUACCCGAAAUUAGCACUGGUUGCCAGGCUUAUUUUGGCUUGCCCAGCUAGCAGCGCUCCAUCAGAGAGAAGUUUCUCGCAAGCGGGGUGGACAAUCAACCUUAGGCGUAUGCGUCUAGCUCCACGUAAUCUAAACGCCUUGCUGUGCAUCCAAAGCUAUAUGGCAGGAAGUGCCUGGAAGGCUUUGGAGCCAAAUGAGCAGACCGAUUUGGUCGAAGCGGACUCAGCGGAGUAAUAGCUACUAUAUUAUGCCGAGUGCUGACAAUAAAGUACCGGGUGUCCCAAAAAAAACUGGACACUGUUUGAUAUGAUAUUGCAUAUGAUUUUACGUUAUUGAAAUUGUGAAAUUGUAAAUUAUGAAAAUGCGUAUGAUUUUACGUAUGAUUUUACGUUGUAUGAAAUCAAACAGUGUCCAGUUUUUUUUUGAACACCUGGUAUAAAAGAGUUUUGAGUUAUUUGGAUUUUGGACUUAGUUUUGAAUUGAAAAUAAUAUGCUUCGUGUUAGUUCGAAGCAAAGUACCAGACGGUACAUUUUUUGUUACAUGA